AAGAAGAGUCGCAUGGGCUGCAGGGAAUGCAAAGCGCGCCACGUCAAGUGCGACGAGACCUUCCCCGUGUGUCUCCGCUGCCAGCGCAGGGGCUCGGUGUGCCUGUCUGAGCAGCGCUCGACUCAGUGGCAGACCGAGAUGCCUUGGUUGUCGCCCAAUUCGCCCUCGUUAGGUUGCUUCAAUAGCAGGGCCAACACCAAUAAACGGCUGCUGCAAUACUGGCUGGAGAAGUCGAGCCAGAUGAUGUCGCUCGACUCCAGUAACAAUCCUUUAUCCUUCCCGCUGCUACCGCGUCUGCUCGAAAGUCCGUCCCUAGUUCAUGCCGUCCAGAGCGUGAGCGCCGGCCACGAGUCCUUCUUUGACCACACCGGGCUGCAGACAUGUCUUCGGGAACGCGGUCUCGCUAUCGAACUUGUGCGCGAAGAGCUACGGGACGCAGAAUCCGCUUCCAUAUCCUCGUUGUUGACCGUAUUUUUCCUCGGCGUGUCGGCCGCUUGGACAGAACAAGGACCGUAUUCCUACGGCAAGGAGCAUCUCGCUGGAGCGCAGGCCAUGCUCAAAUUUAUCAUGGCCGACAAACAACACCGCAACGAUCCGUUGAUUACCUAUCUCCUCGGGUGGUUUUUAUACUGGGACAUGUCUUGCUCAUUCAUCGCCGACCCCGAUGCUCCUAGUCCGUUAGAUACCACCGACGUGCUUCAACUCCUCCAGGAAUCUGGCGACCCCUUCCAUCCAAUGAUUGGGUUUUCGGCCGAACUAUACUAUCUGGUUGGCCGUGUUGGAAAACACUGCCGCCUUGUUAUUGAGCGAGGAGACCGAGACUUCAAUCUCGAGAAAGAACUCGAGGAGCGGCUGCUGUCAUGGAACCCCCCCAGCGACCAUCAGCACCUUGCAAACUUGGCUAUUGCGUACAGAAACCAUGCUCUUAUCAUGCUCUUUCAGAUUUGCAACACGCCCGACCGGGAACUACGCAUAGCUCGCGGCACGGAACCCGACCUUGCCGAGGCCGAAGGAACAGAAGCCGUCAUUCAAUCCUACGCCAUGCAGAGUCUUCAGCGCAUGCUGGACACGCCCAGCCAGGAGGGAUCCUUCAAUUUCCAAUCAAUACCGCUGUUUACAGCAGGUGCAGAACUUACACGGGCGGAAGGGAACCUUCGCCAAGAAGUCAUCAACCGAUUCAAGGCUCUCUACUCGUGCAAUCGCAUCGCGGUCAACAUGUGGGCCGCUGACCUUCUCCAGGAACUGUGGUCAUUGCGUGACGCCGGUAUAGGAAUCUCUUGGAUCGAGCUUCUGCUCCAGAAGAACUGGCAGUUG